AUGUUUCCAGUAGCAAAUGGCUAUGUGCCCGUCAGUAGUGCCACACUGUCACCAUCGUCCAGUGUAGAGGUCAUUGAAGGAACGUCCUUCACCUUCAGCUGUGUAUCAAAAGCUUCCAGACCAGCAGCAAACAUAACAUGGUACAGUGACGGCGUUGUCGUGAGUGGAAGUUCAUCGAGUACUUCAACGAAUAACCUGUUGUACGAUGUGACCAGUAAUCUUACGUCAUCCUAUCAAAGAACGGAUAAUGAGAAGAGGAUAUAUUGUACUGCAGUCAACAUAAAUGGAGACACUCCAAUACAGUCGUCCCAAGCUCAACUAAAUGUUAUAUAUGCACCCCCUGCUGCCCCACAACUGACAACUGAUGGAUCUACGUCAGUGGAUGAAGGACAGUCCAUUACAUUACGAUGUACCUUGUCUACGCUGGGUAACCCUCACAUCACAUGGAGCUGGGUGUGUGGAGAUGACACACUGACUACUGGAGUGACCAAUACAGGGACCCAGUCAGAGCUGACAUUGACAGCCAACAGAAAGUACAACCAGAGAACGUGUCAGUGUAGAGCCACAAGUCCAAGAUCGUCAUUGUUGUAUAACAGAACGUCAGGAACACGGACCAUCAUCGUAUACUAUAACAACGUCAUAACCUCAAACUUGUAUGACGAAUAUGUCACCAGUGAACAUGGACGACUUCAGAUAAAAUGUUAUGUGGAUGGAAAUCCGUUAUCUAGCAUCACCUGGCUCUUUGUACAAAACAACACUGUUGUAAAGAGAGACAGUGAUGUAAGCAGUAGCUCACUGGAUAUAUCAUCAGCAAAUUGCGUAGAUCACGGGGUUUACAAAGUUACAGCUGAUAAUGGAAAGGGUACAACUGCUGUCAGAACAACCCAUGUAGCGGUUAGAUGUAAACCUCGACUGUAUAGCAUGGAUUCAGACAAACUUGGCAUAGGAAAUAAUGAAUCUCUUCAAAUACUCGUGAGAAUGCUUUUGUACCCACAAGCAACUCUGAUACAGUGGACUUUGUCGGGGGAAAAUAAUAAGAGAAAAGUCAUUCAGAAUAAUACAGAUGGCUUCAGCAUAACAGACAGUAAGGGAGAAAAUAAACAAAACAUCACUUUAUACAAAAGGAGUGUUAAAACAGGGGACUUUGGAGAGUACACCUUAGUGGUUCUGAAUGAUGUUGGAACUUUCACCAGGAUCUAUCAUGUAGAUGCAGGAAGGCCACCAUUGAAACCCACUAAUUUAACAUUGGUAUGUGCCACUUCGUCAGUAAAGUUAUCGUGGAUUUCUAACUUUAAUGGUGGAGACAGUCAGACAUUUAAGAUUUCCUAUUCCACUGUUGGGGAUUCUACCUAUCAAGAUAUAGAGACCAUCAGUGAUCAGGGAUAUGGCAGAUUUCACAGUUACACUCUCAACAUUGAGCUACAGGGAACAGUAUGGUUUACAGUGACUGCCUCCAACAUGUUUGGGAAUUCUACAUCAGAUCAUGUCCAUUGCAUUCUUAAAGGAAUACAAGAGGAGGUCAGCCGUCAGACGGAGGCGAUUGUCGGCAGUGUUGUCGGCAGUGUGGCGUUCAUCAUCGCUGUUUUAGUCCUUGUGAUCUUCCUUCGAAGGCGUUAUAAAUGCACCUGCAGAAUAAAAAUGGAGAUAGAGCGCAUAGAUGAAAGUGUAAAAACAGCUGACCUAUUUCAAGAUGGAUCUCAAAUACCUUUGGCACAGCAAAAUAUACAGGGAGAAAGGUAAAUACAACUAUUGGAAGGGAAGUGGUG